AUGAGAGCUCCGCUCGGGCGAAUCCCUUUCGCAAAGCAACCGAGACGAAGGGGGAGCGUGCCGGCGUCGUCAAAGGCUGUCGCCCGAAUAACGAGGCGGGACAUCGAUCGGCGGCGCGCUCGUCACCUCGCCCGGGGCCCGACCGCCGCGGCCGCGCGCAAUAAAAGAUCUGAUGUGACAUUGUUCGUGUCCGUUUCGUCCACACUCUACGAAGUCCUGAUCCGGUCUGAUUGUUUUGACGUGGAGCUCGGGCCAGUUGAAGCUAAUAAGCGCUUACAUUCAACCGCCAUUCGUCUGCCAUCGCAGCCUUCGGAGAGGACGGUCGGAAGGCCUCUGUCCGUGGGGUCCCGCCGGGCGUUCCUAGCCGUAGAGAAGGGCUUCCCGCUCGCCGCUCAUCACUCAUUGGCGCACGAGCGGAGGCGAUCGCUCAACGCCGCCGCGGCCUCGAUACACUACCCAAUGGAGGGAGGCGCGCGCGCACCCCGCCGCGUGCUUUACUGCCCGCCCGCGCGCCGAUAUAUCGCGCGUCAGCUCCGAAAGCGCCGUACCGCUUAUUCGUCAUCGUUACCGCUCGUAAAUAAGCGGGCCGUGAGUUAUGCGCCCCGUCUUCCCUUUUUUUCUCUCCGCCAUCACGGCGAAGCACUCGACACGGAUUUGUGGAAAACGACGCGCGCUGGCCGAACCCGACGCGAAGGCGGCACUAUCGCCCGUAUGCCGCUGCGUUUAAACGUUCGAUUGCAGCAUCAAAAUUUCCCGUAUUUCGGAGCGAAACACGUGGACAGCAGCGCCCCUGGCGGCGGCGGGGCGCAGCUGCGCUCGCCCCAUUACGCGUUUGUUAUUGUCGCACGUUAUUUCCAAUAUUUCCCGCCAUCUCAUUACUCGGCGCUGACGGGACUAAUCCGCCGGGAGACGAGGCCG